UUGUUUUACAAGUACUGGAGCCAAGAAGAAGAAUACUCUCGUAGCUCGUCUUGUAGAAAAAUGUUUGCUCUACAAAAUCCAGUUGUUUGAAAAAUUUUAGAGAAUCAAUAGUCGUUGAGAAAAAGUUUUUGCAGAAAUAUACACAAUUUCAAUCGGUUUAUAGCUUAUGCAUUGCCUAAUCCUAGUAUCUUAAGUAUUACAUCGACGAUUGGUUUUUACUAAGUAAAAUUUAUUUUAUAGCAAAAAAAGUCCAAUUUAUGUCUACUUCGCGUAAAAGACAUACGAAAUGCAUGUACAGAACUAAUUUUGGUACGACUGAAUAUUGGUAUACGCAAAUCAUUUUUUAAAUAUUUCAACGUCGUACCUAUAUGCUAAAAUACUUCAUCUUUGCUACAUUUUUUGCUUUUCAUCAAUAUUUCGAUCAAACUGUAAACUGUAAGUUUAUGAACAAUGGAACACUUUUUCUGUGCUUUUCAAGCACUAAAAUAAACUUUGAAGAUUUUGUUCUAUGUUUUGAAAAAAUAAUCCAAAAUAACAAACAGAUAAGAAUCAUAAAUACGAUUAAAGCAGCAGGUUAUUAUUACUCUGCUUAACUGAUAAUUUAACCCAUUGCCCGCUGACGACAUCAUUGAAUAGAACAAAUUGGGCUACUGAUAUAUCAGUGGACAGCGUGCAAUGUGUUAAUAGUGUUUCUAUUAGUUAUUUAUCAUAAGUAUGUUGUGUAAAAGGUCAGUCGUCACUUCAUCGAAAAAAUCAGGUUUUAUCACUAAUAAUCGAUGAUCCCAAAAUAAUCAAGUAUUCCUGUACGGAAUUUUUCUCUGCAUAUCGUGAAAUUUCAAGUUUCUUUUCGGAAGAAGUUUGAUAAGCAGAAAAUUCUAUAUUUUUAGGAUAGAUUCUAUAGAACAGAAUUUUCAAAGUUUAUUUCAGUACGUUAUUUGGUGUCAAAAAAGAAAAGUACUUUGCUUUCGCUAGCUCAUCCGUUAUUGUUCAUUCUUGGCAUCUGAUUCGCUUUUAUAUUCUGUUCGCAUCUAUCCAAGAUUUAUCAAUCGAAAUAAUGUCAAAUUAAAAUUCUAUUAUAGUAACUUUAAACGUAAUGUGAAUAUUGUAUGAAUUUGCAUUCGAGUGAUAAUAUAUAGAGAAGGACUUACCGAACUUCGGUGAAAAAAAUUUUCUUCUAAAAGAAAAAACAGAAAAAUCGCCUAUUAAAUCAUCGUUCAAUACUACGUAGGCUUGCUGCCUCUUCGAAAUUUAUUCAUUCUUCAUCAACAUCAAUCGUUACUUAUUCUCAUUACUUUUAUCUUCUAAUGUAAUUAUUUCUUUUGCUGAUACUAAUUGUGAAUAUGUUUGCUGUAAUAAUUUUAACAAUCGAUCUUGUUCUCUUUAUUUUCUUCGAGGUACUAAUUCUGCUCGAGUGUCAAAAUCAGAUCCAUUACAUCUGCCCAUUAUUAAUAUUCAUCUUGAUGAAAGUGCAAAUCCAAAUAAUGAAUUUGUACGAAGUGCACGAACUGCUCCUAUAGGACGUAAACAUACGGGAGAUUUAAUAACAUCAAAUUCAAAUUGGCAGAAAAAUUCUAAUUAUUCUCAACAAUAUCCUCCUUCAUCACCAUCUGAUCUAUCUGAUAAUGAACUUGAUUCCAAUACAUAUUAUAAACCUAAACGGCUAUCACUAUCGAUUCCUCAACAUCAGAUGACAACAACGACGCCGGCUAGUGGAAAUGAUUCGUCUUAUUCUGAUAAAGAUGAAAAAAUGGAACAUCGUGAACGACGAUCGAGUUUACUAAAUGAUAAUGCAAGACGUUUAUUAAUAUUAGGAACAAUAAGACCAUCGAGAACAUUUUAUAAUCAUCUACCAGAAGAAGAUAUUCAACAUUUAAUGGAUUAUUUCAAACGAAUGAGAAAUAGAACAAGACGAACUUCUGAAGAGAUAAAUAAUGAUUUAAAACAAAAUUAUAUUGAAUAUAAACCAAAAAUAUUUUUCGAUUCAACUGUGGUGACCAAAACACAAGUGUCAUAUAUUGAGAAAAUAAUUGAACAAUAUGCAGAUAAUAUUCGACUGAAAAGGGCAGAAAUAAUCAAAUUAGAUAAUCCUACACAAUUUGUGAUUAAAAGUUUGACUAAUGAUGAUUUUCUCGCUAAAAUACCGCGAGAAUACAAUGACACCGUAUUGACUAUAAUUGCUAAAACUGAUCCAUUAAGAAAAUCUGAAAUAAUCAAUGCACUUAUUAAUGAUAAAUUAGUGGAAGAUAUCAAAGCCAAUUCACUCGAUAUCAGUUAUUUCCCGGGUGGUGUAAAUUAUGAUGUGCCGCGUGACGAAAUAGACGAUAGUGGACAAUUAAAAUUAGAAACCUAUAAAAAAUUAAAACAACGUUUAAAUGCAAGAAAAGUUUGGUUUUUUAAUGAUAUACCACAAAAAAAACCAAAUGCUUUACUUUGUUCAAUGCCAAAUGAUCUAAAUUUAAAUCAUAAACAAUUACUCGAUUUACUGUAUGAAAUACUACAAACAGAUAGCGGUCGUACUGAUGUUAGUCGAAAAAUUCUUUCAUUAGAAUAUGUGGCUAGAAGUGUUAUACUCAAUUCAGUAGAAGUCAAUGAUCAAUGGAUAAUUGAUUGUGAUACAAAAGAGACAAAAAAUCAAUUAAAAGAAAAAGGUUUAAAAAUAAGUGUGGGAAAUCAUCAACGUCAUCCACUUAUUAUCGAAUUAAGAAGUUAUGAUGAGGAAAUUCAAAAAGAAUAUGAAAAAUUUUUAAAAUCAGAAAAAUACAGAGAGUUAAUACGUACACAUGAUGAAUCGAUUAAAAAAUUAGCAAAAACAUCUUGA